GCAGGCGACAGGAACCAGGGGAAGCUGAGCCCGGGCGGCUAAAGCUCCGUGGCGAAACUUUCUUGACGCCUUCUAUUUAAAGGCUUGGGUGCCCCCACCCCGCGCGCCGGGAACCCAAGCAGCCGCGCGGGCCGGGCAAAGUGCAGUCAGACGGAGAACACCGGGCGAGGCGUGGGCAGCUCCGACUCCGGCCAGGACAGGCGCGAUGGCGAGCAGCGACAGCGGACUCGCAGCCCAGGGCUUACUUGGAUGGGGCGCGGAGGAAGAGGAGCGGGAGACAGAGGAGUCGGAGGGCGAGGGGGAGGAGACGGCGGCCGAGUCGGAGGAGGAGCCCGACGCCAGGUUAUCAGAUGAGGAUGAAGAGGGUAAGAUCAAGCAGGAGUGUAUCAUCUCUGACCCAUCCUUUUCCAUGGUGGCAGUUCAACGGGAGGACAGCGGGAUAACCUGGGAGACCAAUUCAAGCAGAUCUUCCACUCCCUGGGCUUCAGAAGAAAGUCAGACAUCGGGAAUAUGUAGUUUGGAAGGGUCAGCUCUGACUUCUCCUCCAGGAAGUGUUUCCUUUAUUAUGGAUGAAGUUAAAAGGACACGCAAAAGAACUCAGAAGUCCAAGCGGGGCUCACCAUCAUUGCGUAGGAAAGGCAGCAAAAAAAGGAAUUCUCUAGAAUCGCAAGAUGUUCUGACAAACCAAGAAGAUGGUCCUUUAAUUUCAGAAAAGCCCAUGCUCAAUACUGAGAAAGAAAAGUCAUCUAUUGGCACUUAUGAUAAAACAAGAAGGAAGAAGACUGAAUCAAAUACGCCUCCCAUCACUGGGGCUAUCUACAAAGAGCACAAACCAUUAGUAUUGAAGCCAGUCUACAUAGGAACGGUACAAUACAAAAUAAAGAUGUUCAAUUCAGUUAAAGAAGAGUUAAUUCCUCUACAAUUUUAUGGAACACUGCCAAAAGGUUAUGUGAUUAAGGAAAUACACUACAGGAGAGGGAAAGAAUCAUCCAUUAGUCUAGAGCCGGAUUUGAGCAAUGGUGGUUCUAACAUAGCUUCCCAAAGGAAAUUAGCCCAGAGCCCAGAAGAAGACAGGGCAAGAGAGCUUGCUCCACCCUGGAGAGGUGCCCUCUCCAAAGGGUCCAUGACCUCAUUGUUUAGUCACGAAGAGCAAAAGAAAACAUAUACUGAUUCCCUCUUAAAUGCUACAUCUUCAACAGAACACACAUUACCCUCUUAUUCAAGAAAUGAUACAGCCGAUCAAGAAGAACAUCUCAGACCUUCACAGACCGUGCAACAACAGCCAGCUGACGAGUCAAAGACCUACAGAACAGAACCACCCAGCACUCCAGCAACCAUGGUCCCCGAAAGAGCAAAGGAAGAACUGGAGCAGAACUCACAAGGAAUGGAAAGUUCAGAGGAUGCGUCAGUCUUGUCAGGCUUAGCUAAUGAUGUGGAACAGGAAGGCAUGGUUUCCGUUAACCAUUCCAUGUCAUGGGAGGCAGAGAAGGAGUCUUUGAAGACAGGACCAUCAAGACCAGGACCAGCCAUCCAAGAAGGGUUUGAGCCAGACAUGGAAGAGUUAGAGCCGAUUUCAAUAGAAAAAAUGGAACGAGUGUCUGAACCUGUGACCUCAUCUGAGCCCAUAGUCCGUAGAGAGGAGGAGCAUGCGCCUGAGCCCCUAGUCCAUAGAGAGGAGGAGCUUGUGCCCGAGCCCAAAGUUCAUAGAGAGGAGGAGCAUGCGCCUGAGCCCAUAGUCCAUAGAGAGGAGGAGCAUGCGCCUGAGCCCAUAGACCACAGAGAGGAGGAGCUUGCGCCUGAGCCCCUAGUCCAUAGAGAGGAGGAGCUUGCGCCCGAGCCCAAAGUUCAUAGAGAGGAGGAGCUUGCGCCCGAGCCCCAUAGAGAAGAAGAGCAUGCGCCUGAGCCCCUAGUCCAUAGAGAGGAGGAGCAUGCGCCUGAGCCCCUAGUCCAUAGAGAGGAGGAGCAUGCGCCUGAGCCCCUAGUCCGUAGAGAGGAGGAGCAUGCGCCUGAGCCCCUAGUCUAUAGAGAGGAGGAGCAAGCGCCUGAGCCCCUAGUCCGUAGAGAGGAGGAGCAUGCGCCUGAGCCCUUAGUCCAUAGGGAGGAGGAGCAUGCGCCUGAGCCCCUAGUCCGUAGAGAGGAGGAGCAUGCGCCUGUGCCCUUAGUCCAUAGGGAGGAGGAAGUUCAUAGAGAGGAGGAGCAUGCGCCCGAGCCUCUUCUCUCCCUUGCAUCACAGGAAGUAGAGAGUGGAGUAGAAACUUCUCUACCAAUCACAGAUACCAUUGAACCUGAAGAUUCUAGUCUAGAAGAAGAGAUCAUAGAACUUGAUUACCCAGAAAGUCCUUUAGUUUCUGAGAAGGAUUCCCCAUUGCCUUUGUCCCCUGAAGUGGAGCACAGAAAAGAGCCCAUUCUCCCAUCACAGAUGACAUUCACACCUGAACAUAUCACCUUGUCCGAGGAAGAAAGAGAGGAAAGCGAAUCUGUUUCUACUGAUUCUGCUUUUGUAUCUGAGUAUUCAGUCCUACAGGAUUUGAACCGUAAGUCAGAGAAGUUAGAAGUAGAGGCAGUUUCUGUAUCUGAUGUGAAAUCUAGUGAACCUGCCGUCUUUUCAGAGGGCGAGGAGGAACGUGAGUCUUACUCCCCAGCUGUGACCUCUGUAUCUGAGCAUUCUCUUUCUCCAUCCACCACUGAGAAGACAUCUUCCACCCAGUCCCCACUCUUUUCAACAGUUUCACCAGACAAUCUGGUCCUGUCUGGAGAUGAGGCCUCAGAGACAGAGGCCUCAGAUUCUCUAUCUGCGACUGAGUAUUCUGGUCCAGCGCAUGCGCAAGAGUUGCUGGUACGAGCAGGUGACCCUAAGCUCCCGUUAAAAUCCCAACAUGUUUCUGAGCCCAUUAUUCAGACGGAAGAUGAGAAAGAAGAUAUUGGGCUACUUUCUUCAGCUGUGGAUGCCACUUCUGAAUACCCUCACUCGCCAUCACUAAGUGAGAAGGCUUCUGAAUGCCAUUUGCCACCCCUGGCUACCACACUCAGACAUGCUGCUCUAUCAGAAGAUGAGGGUCUAGAAAGUGGAAGUUUCGCAUCAGAUUCAAAACUGCCAUUUAAACCCUCAGUUCCUCAAAGUGCAACACAAGAACCCCCCGAAAAAACAAGAGAUGACACGCCCCAAUUCAAACCCAAAGGCCUUGCUGAGCCGACAAUCCUGUUAGAGGAAGAAAAGGAAGCCAUCGAGCUAUCUUCAUCCAGUGAGGUCCCUGCAGCUGAACGCACUCUCCCUCCACAAACCACUGAGUUGCUUUCUGAAAGCCAGGCCCCACCUGCCUGGCCCACCUCAUCCGAACAAGAGGUCCUGUCCGAAGAAAGGAGUGGAGAAGGCCAGCAGCGCUCAUUCUCUUCCACACCAGAGCUUGUCCACGCAUCGCCUCUGCUUCUAAAAGGUGCCUCCUCACCCUCAGCUCUAUCAGAGCCAGGGCAGGAAGAGGACAGCAUUGGGCCCCUUUCCCCUGAUUCUGCGUUUGCAUCAGAAUUCUCUUUCUCACCCUAUCCAACUCAGGAACUAGAGAGAAGAGAGCUGGGGCGUGACUCUCCACUGUGUUUAACGUCGCCCUCUGAGCACACUGUUCUGUCCGAUGAGGACACCGAAGAGGCUGAACUCUUUUCUCCAGAUUCAGCAUCACAGGUUUCAAUCCCACCGUACAGAAUCGCAGAAACAGAGCGGAACAAAGUCGAGGCAGACGAAUUACUCCCAAUGAGUCCUGCGCCUGACUUUCCCUACUUCUCAGGGGCAGAUGAAGAAGAGACGGGAUCCUCAGUGGCCACGCCCGUGCCCGAGCAUUCUGCUCCAUCGAAGGAGCGGAAAGAGGAGCCUUUCCCUUCUAUACCUGUGUUUGAAGAUCUGAGCCUGCCACCUUCAGCCGUUAUGACAACGACAGGCCAAGCAGAAACUAAGCCAGAUGUUCCAACGGUUUCAACCUCUGUAUCUGAAUAUCUCAUCCUGGCCCAGCGGCAGAAAACUCGAGCAUCUCUGGAGCCCGAGGCUGAAGAUGUGGUGCCACCACCUUUAACCAGUGGAUGGGAGGAGACAGAUGCUAAGAGGAGUUCGACAGCAGCUACGAUAGCAGCUUCUGCAUCUGCAGUCUCAUCCGUGGUAAAGGAAGAAACCGCAUCCGUUUUGUCCACAUCUCAGUUCUCCGUUUCACCUGAGUCAGCCCGUGUCCUUAAGACAGAACGGGAACCCAAAGCAUCGCUCACUCUCACAAGUGCAGAGGAACAGAUGGCUUUGCCCAAAGUCAGACGGGAAGAAAUUGUGCCGGAUUCUCAAGAAGCGACAGCGCACGCAUCACAGGAUCAGACACCAGAGCCUCAGCCCCCAAACGUUCCAGGGUCUGGGAUGAGAUAUUCAGUUUUGUCUGACGUGGGAGAUGAGCCAAAGGCGGGUGUCAAGCCCGAUUUAGCGCCAGCUGUGACUUCUGAACUAGAGCAGAGAAUGUUGUCAAAGAAUGAGCCUGAAGUGGUAAAACCGCAUUCACCUCCAGAGGAAACAUCUAUUUCUGGACGUAAGGUUUUAUCCGCGGUGAAAACGGAAGUGAAACAGGAAUCCAAAAUAACCAGGGAACUUCCUGCAGCCUCGUCGGGAGUCGAGAGGGAAGUUGAGCAUCAUCCACCUGCACCAACCGCGCUUCCAGCGUUGCGGGAAGAAAUGGAGAGAGAAACCAAAGCCAGCGUUUCUGCCACUCCAGUGCCAGUAACUAAGCUUGAUUCAAAUUCAGCUGUGUUCGGCAGAGAUGAGAUCCCGACAGACUCGUCUCUUGCGGGCCCUGCCCAACAUCCGGGCUUUCAGGGAGUAGGGGAGAGUGGGUUAGGAAGUGGUGAGCCUUCGCUCACCAUGUCUGCAGCCGAUCCCACAGUUCUCAGAGGGGGAGAGAAGGAACCAAUUAAAGAAGCUGCUGCUGUCCUUGACAGCUCUUCGUUCAGAGGCUCAGCUCGGCCAGGAGCAGAGGAAGAAAGGAAAUUAGAGUCGUCUCUAAGUUUAUCAUCUCCCUCAGAGCUCUCUGAUUGGUCAAAAGUGGAAACUGAAGAAGUUAAACCUGGGCGGCCAGGAUCCAAGGUGCCCUCAGAUGUGGCUGGGGAAACUAGGGUAGAAGACAAACGAGGCAUUUCACUCUCCCCAGCUCCCGAGUCUAAAGAAUCCAUUUCGCCACAGAAAAAGAACUUGGUGUCUGUCUCAGAGGUGUUAAGGCCUGAACCCAAACUUCCCAUCGACUUACGUAGUGAGGUAGAGAGAGAAGACACUGAGCCUCCUCCAUCACAAGUGUCACCCACACCCAAACACACGGUGCCGGAUGACAAACCUGAGGAGAUGACAAGGUCUCCUGAUUCCGAAAAUUUAGUGUCAGAUGAUCCAGCCCCGACGUUACUGGCACUCAGGGAUGAGGUGAAUGGGCAAGCAGAGGAGACAUCUUCUCCAGGGCUGGGGAGUUUCCUCUCAGGAAAAGAAGAGCUCGUAAAGCUCCCCCCAGAGCCUAAGAAGCCCAAACGGUUCUCAGAAGCACCGACUGUGGGGUUGGAACUCACUGAUAGUAGAGACAGGGAUGGGUCCUUAGGUAUAGAAAUAGUGAAACCCAGUGUCUUAGAAAAAGGCCCCACUGAGCUUAGGAGUGCAGGAAAAGAGCAAGAAGAACAUAGGGGGCUCCCUGUGCCUGCUACGUCUCCACUAGAGACUGCUUCCUCUGACCUCCCCAUAAAGCAAAAAGAGCUUAAAAAGACCCUUCCUGAGGGUCAAGCUGUUAAGGUGCCUGAUGUGGGCAGCUCUUUUGCAGAGAAGCCAGACCUGGGUAUUAAACAAUUAGCACAGAAGAAAGAGAAUCUGGAGCAACGGAAGCCAUUCAUGACAGCUGAGCCUGCCGAUGUUAUAGGAACAGAAGUGAAGGAGACCCUGAUUUCUCCCAAGGAUAACACUCGGAUGCUGGACGAGCCAGAUGGCUUGGUCAGUCAGCAUGAAGACAGAAAACCAGGACCCAGGCAGCUGGAGUCCUCUGAGAGCAAGGAUCUGAUGCCAGAGAAACUCGGGGCUGCCCCGUUGGAUUCAGAUCACACACCUGGAAUCAGGAAGCAGGAAGCAAGCAUAGCACCAGUGUCCAGUGAGAAGCCAUCUCAAGAACCCAUGCGGGUUCAGUCAAAGGCCGUAGGUGAUGCUGAGGAAGGGCGAAAGCUAGCCCCCGACGUGCAAGGCCCUGCCGUGAAAGCAAAUGUUGCACCUCAACCCCCAGAGACCCCAGGGGUGACACAAAAGCCAUCUGAGAAGUCACUGGUGGCUGAACAAUGUCUUCCUGCAGAGAAGGGGAAGAAAGGAAUUUCGUCUUUCAAAUCAUGGAUGUCUAGUUUAUUGUUUGGAUCGAGCACUCCAGAUAAUAAGGUUGCUGACAGUAAAGAUCUAGAGACUCAGCCAAGUCCCUCUAUAGAGAAAGCAGUAACUGCCGUAGAGCCUAAAGGUGCGGUUCCUGCUGAGGUUACUGUAGCUGAGAAGCCAGGGGUUCACUCAUUACCUGAGGUCACAGUUAAGCUGGGUGAAGAACCCAGAGGUGAAGAAAAACUCACAUUUUUACCAAACGCAGACGUUUUAAAGAAGCCUGCCUCUAACUCUGAAAACUACGGGAAGAAAGAACUCCCAGGCUUUUCAGAGGGAAGGGGUGAAAACUUAGCUACUUCAGCUGGUGACGAGCAUCCUGGAAUUCAUCCUCGCUCCCCUAUGGGUGAGAAAGUGGGUAUGGAAGAAGCCCAGAACAUGGCGCCUCUUCAUGUUACUGAGAGCCAAAGACACCAGAAGCCAGAGAUCGCUCCUCCAUCUAUGUGGAGUAUUUCUGUUCUUAAGGAAGAGCCGAGCAGUGGUCACAAAGAAGCGCAGCUCUUGUCAUCUGACGUAGUCGACAGAACGCCACAGCGGCCAGAAUCAACUUUGUCCGCCUUCGCGAGGAUGGACUCAGAGAAGCAAGCACCAGUGAGUUUGCCCGUGGAGUCAGAAGGCAGCCUAAUUGAUCUCGGUGAAGACAGACUGAGACAAGAAAUGCCAAAACCCACGUCUCUGGAACGUCAUGAAGGGGAAGUGGAACGCCCAGCGGUGGAGAAGGAUGGCUGGGGAACUAGAUCAUUUUCCUUGGCAGGGGAGAAGGGGCUGGCAGAGAAGCAAGAAAUCAUGGCUCCCUUGGAAGUAGGGGAAAAUAAAGCCGUAGGAAAGUUGCAAAUGAUGCCGGAAUCUCGACCUUUCAAAUCGGAAGGAUCAAAAGCUGCUGGGAGGCUGGAACAGCGCAUCUCUCCAAGGGAGGAGCUCAUGGAAAAACCCAGCAAGACUCUUGCUUCUGAGAGGAGAGAAAAGGAAGCGCAGGAACGGGUAUUUCCAGAAGGCGAGGAGGGAGGUCUGUCUUCUUCCCCCGCGGCAGCCAUGCCUGUGCCUGGUGCAUCAGCCAUCUCUUGGGAUAAGGCCCAACCACCUUCUCCGGUUAAACCACCACCAGUUAUUGAAAAACCAGAGCAUAUAUUCACAGAGGUAUACCCAGAAAUUGGGGAGAGAAGGGCAGCAGAAACCAAACCACAUCCCCAGGAAGAAGGUAAAACUUUAGUAGAGAAAACCAAGGCUUCCUGUGUGGAGCCUCCCCAUGGAGAGGAAGUGGAUGGCCAUUCUUUUACUCAGGGAGGAAAUCUGGAGUUGGAGAAGCCACGUGAGAGUAGAGUGGAUCUCAAAGAGGAAAGGAGGCAGUUUGUGGUGCCUGAGUUGUCCCUUGGUGCUUCGGUGGCUGCUGAAGAUGGACAUGCGCAGCCAAGGCCCCUUUCUAGGGCUGCCGAGAGGACAGCAGGACACAUUACGGAUGGGACAAACAAUCUAGGAACACCGCCGACUCUAGAAACUUCUCUAGAACAUACAGUGAAGAAACAAGAGACACGGUCAGAUAGGCCUACAGUUCACACUAUCCAGACCUCUACAGGUCACCCCGAGGAGAUGCCGAAACAGUCUGUUCUUAUCUCAAAGCGUCCCUCGGAAGCGAUGGAGGAUGUGCACAGAAGCGAGCCACCCUCUGCAGCGGCAAGCAGCUAUACUCAGUUUAUGCUCAGUGCCUCAGCCGUCGGUGCGGACGGAGCGCCCCCUGUGGGAGGCAUACCCCAGGAGCCCGAAGGCACCUCUGGGAAAGAUGGAGAAUUUUCAGUGACCAGCAAGCCAGCCGGCCUUUCAGAAGAGCAGAGGAGUGCUUUUAGCAUCAUUUCUGAGGGCUGUGAGAUACUGAACAUCCAUGCCCCUGCCUUCAUCCCUUCGGUGGAUCAGGAAGAAAGUGAACAAAUGCAAGAUAACUUACAGUAUUUGGAAGAGAAAUCCUCGCUUAAAAGCGUAUCUGUUCGCGAUGAGAGGAAAGCAGUUGCUUCCCAUACAACACAGAAGAGCGAGUUAGAAGUUCCUGACAGGAAAAUCACAUCGCCGACGGAAAAUGAACCAAAGGAAUCUUACCAGACAAAGGAGGAGACAGCCACAGGCUCGAGAUCAGGGGAUUUCACGUCCGUCCAACCAGGAGUUUCUGGUGAGGAGGAUUAUUUUGAAAAAUAUACUUUGAUCGAUUAUAACCUCUCCCCAGCCUCAGAAAGACCGAAAUCAACUGUUGAGGGCUCCUCAGAGGAAGCCACAGAAACACUGACGUCUUUCCCAGAGAGUUCAGCUGAACAGACCCUAGACCACGAAUAUGACUUAGUAAAGUUAGACGAAAGCUUUUACGGGCCAGAGAAAAAUGGUAGCAAGUCCUCUCAUGCAGAGAUGCCGAAGUCUUUGGUUAUCCAAAAGCCGAGUGAAGAAAAUGCUCCGAAGGGUGUCGGUGGAGAUGUGGACUCCAGGGCUCCCGGGAUGCCUCUGUUCGAUGUGGAGGAAGGAGUACUGUCAAGAAGACAGAUAUUUCCCACCACCCCCAAGGCUGUUAACCCUGAGCUGUUAGAGGAGCCACCUGCGCUUUCCUUCUUCUAUAAGGAUCUGUACGAGGGGGCACUGGGGGAGAAGAAUGAAGGAGAAACAGCCUCAGAGGGUGGCAGCGUGGAUUCGGAGACGUCAUUCCCAAGGCGACAUUCUGACACCGACGAUGGAACAGGCAUGUACUUCGAGAAGUAUGUACUCAAAGAUGACAUUCUUCGUGACGAGUCUGUAACUCAGGAAGACCAAGGCCAAAGCCUGGAAGAAAAGCCGGUUGGCGAAGACGGUUCGCAGCAACUGAGAAUCACAGAAAGCGAAAUCGGGAGAAAGCCCGGAACUAGUUUUUGGGAGAGGAAUCUGGAAGAACAGCACAAGGUCAUUGACCGGGAAGGAGAGCCCGUCAGCCACACGGAGACUCUCGAUGAGGUAGCAACGCAGCAGAAAGCUCCCGUUACAGAGCAAGUCACAGCAAUCACCCAGGAGAUGAGCUACGCAGUCCCAUUCCAGGACACCCACCGUGUUCGGACGAGUGAGCCAAGCAGCCAGGGUCAUGAAGCAGGAAAUGCAAGUCCAGAGGUCAAUCUGAAUGUCCCAGUACAAGUGUCUUUCCCAGAGGAAGAAUCUACAGCAGGUGCCACUUAUGCUCCCGAAGUAUCACAAGAAGAGCUGGUCCCAUGUGUGUCACGUGAAGAGAGGCUCCACAACAUCCCUGUACAGGAUGAGUAUGACUUCGUUGACUCUCUGAAUCAGGAAACAGUCAGUCAAGGCAUCUUACCAGGAGAACCUUAUUCAGAAGCCCCACCCAAGGAAGUGUUACCUCAAGGAACGGAGUCCUUGUCACAUGCUGGGGAACGGGAACUCAUGAGUGAGGGGGAACCAAGAAAGUCUGCUUCACAGGAAGAGUGGGACAGAGGGGGAGAAGAUCAGUCAGCACGAGAAUCAGUGGCCACUAAGACACAAAAGGAACAGAAAAAGGCCCAGGUUGACUCUUACUGCUACACCUGCAAAAGCCUGGUCUCUGAAAUGGACAAGGUGCUGGACAUUCACAAACACCAUGAGGUUUCAGCCCUUGACACAGCUAUAAGUGCUGUUAAGGUUCAAUUAGGAGAAUUUCUUGAGAACCUACAAGAAAAGUCCUUGAGGAUUGAAGCUUUUGUUAGUGAGAUUGAAUCCUUUUUUAAUACCAUUGAGGAAAAGUGUAGCAAAAACGAGAAACGACUGGAAAUGCAGAAUGAGGAAAUGAUGAAGAAGGUUUUAGCCCAGUAUGAUGAAAAAGCUCAGAGCUUCGAGGAAGUGAAGAAGAAGAAAAUGGAGUUCCUGCAUGACCAGAUGGUCCACUUCCUGCAGAGCAUGGACACAGCCAAGGACACCCUGGAGACCAUCGUCAGAGAGGCCGAGGAGCUUGACGAGACAGUUUUCCUGGCCUCAUUUGAGGAAAUCAAUGAAAGGCUGCUGUCUGCCAUGGAGAGCACAGCUUCCUUAGAGAACAUGCCUGCCGCGUUCUCGCUUUUCGAACAUUACGAUGACAGCUCCGCGCGAGGUGACCAGAUGUUGAAACAAGUGGCUGUUCCACAGCCCCCCAGACUAGAACCCCAGGAACCAAAUUCUGCUACCAGCACAACAAUUGCAGUGUACUGGAGCGUGAACAAGGAGGACGUCGUGGACUCAUUCCAAGUGUACUGUGUAGAGGAACCUCAAGAUGAUCAAGAAAUAAAUGAACUGGUAGAAGAAUAUAGAUUAACGGUGAAGGAAAGUUGCUGCAUUUUCGAAGACUUAGAACCCGAUCGAUGCUAUCAAGUGUGGGUGAUGGCUGUCAACUUCACCGGAUGCAGCCUGCCCAGUGAAAGGGCAAUUUUUAGAACAGCACCUUCCACACCUGUGAUCCACGUAGAAGACUGUACGGUGUGCUGGAACACUGCCACUGUCAGAUGGCGGCCCGCUAACCCGGAGGCCACAGAGACCUACACUCUGGAGUACUGCAGACAACACUCUCCUGAGGGUGAGGGCCUGAGAUCUUUCUCUGGAAUUAAAGGACUCCAGCUCAAAGUUAACCUCUCUCCGAACGACAAUUACUUCUUCUAUGUGAGAGCCACCAAUGCCUCUGGGACGAGUGAGCAGAGUGAAGCUGCCCUCAUCUCCACCAGAGGAACUAGAUUCCUCUUGUUGAGAGAAACAGCUCACCCAGCCCUCCAGAUCUCCUCGAAUGGGACGGUGAUCAGCUUCUCCGAGAGGAGACGGCUGACAGAGAUCCCCUCAGUGCUGGGUGAGGAGCUGCCUGCCUGUGGCCAGCAUUACUGGGAAACCACAGUCACAGACAGUCCAGCCUAUCGACUUGGCAUCUGCUCCAGCUCAGCGGUGAGGGCCGGUGCCCUGGGACAAGGGGAGACCUCAUGGUACAUGCAUUGCUCUGAGCCACAGAGAUACACAUUUUUCUACAGUGGCAUCGUGAGCGAGGUGCACGCAACCGAGCGUCCAGCCAGAGUGGGCAUUCUGCUGGACUACACCAACCAGAGACUUCUGUUUGUAAACGCCGAGAGUGGACAGCUGCUCUUCACCGUGAGGCACAGGUUCAAUGAGGGCGUGCAUCCCGCCUUCGCCCUGGAGAAGCCUGGCAAAUGCACUCUGCAUCUGGGCUUAGAGCCCCCGGAUUCCGUCAGGCACAAGUGAUCCUGGGCACUCAGAGUCUAUAAGAAUAGGAGUAAGAGUUCGGGGGUACGAGAGCUGUCAUCCUGUCUCUCAGGCACUGUACAUUAUUCAGAUAGUCACCCACACACCUGUACCGACAAUAGCUUCAGGCGUUGCAGUCAGCAUGUGAGGGAAGCCAGGGACCUCGUGCCUUAUGGAGCAGUGUGUGAGCGGAGCCGGUGGAAGCAGCCUUCACCCUUGGUUCAUGGUUGGAGUUGUUUCCUAAAUUCAAGGGAUUUGCACUUGACCAGAGAAAAGGACUUGCGCCUGUUCUAUCCAUCAAAUACCCAGUAUCUAGAUAAGAGGGGAGGGAGGGCGGUGUCUCUUCCACAUCUCCUCUUACAAAGCAAACGUCACCUUACCUCACUGGAGGAUAAUGAAUCCUAGUCAUUAGAGAAAAUGUUUCAGCUGAUCUAAAUUUACAAUGGAUUCUUUUAUUAUCACGUAUGCUGUAGAAUGUAAGCGUCUCCUCUCUGACAAUGUAAAUGUAGAAAAGUGCUAGAUAUCAGAGAUUUCCAUUUUGUUAAAUACAUGGCUAGCAUCUUGUAAAAUAAAAUCUAUUGUGUGAAA